AUGAACAACAACUCAACGUGGCAGGCAGCGCCCAUUCACAAUGCCAAAUACUUCUUUGCCUCGCCCACCUACAACAAAUGGGUGAAGCUAUCAGCGGCUGAUGUGCACGCUCUGCGCGAAGUGCCUGGAUUUGAAGGUCAAAAUGUCUACUUCUGUCUGAACCACCCCAUCCGCUUUGUCUACCUCGUUGCUCCUGUCGUCGCCAUUCAAGAGAUCCCACAUACAAGAUAUCUCAUCUUGACUCUCGACGACAGCAGUGGUGCCUGCAUAGACGUCAAGAUCGAACGUAAAGACCCCGCUAAAAUCGAUCCUGACAGCACCUCAAACACAACAGUCGCAAAUAUAGACAUCGACACUCCAUUCGACGGCCCCACGGAAAUCAAGGUUGACGGCCAGGUCGUGGAUAUUGCGACUGUGCUGAAGGUCAAGUGCACGAUUGGUAGUUUCAGAGGUGUCAAGCAGUUGGAGUUGAAGAGGUGUAAUGUGAUCAGGGAUACGACUGAGGAGGUUGCGGCUUGGGAAGCUAUGGCGCUGUUCAAGAGGGAUGUGCUGGCCAAACCGUGGAUGUUGAGUGCUGCCGAUCGAGCCACUCUGGACGCACAACUUCAGCAAGAAGCCCUACGCGAGCAAGAGGAAGAGCGAAGGGAGCGGCGCAGUCAGAGGGCACAUCAGAAGCGAGAGGAACAUCGAGCCGAGAAACGAAGGGCCCGAGAAGAAGAGAAGGAACAGAGACGGCUCGCUGCUGAAAAGAAGUACAAUCAAGGUGCUCUGAUCUAA